AUAAAACUGAACGAAAUUAAUGAGAGCAUCUACAGUUUUUGUUCCGAGCCAACUGCAGUUGCAUCGUUGCACACUUUUUACCGGUGAAACCCGAGAAGACGGGGGUUUGUUGCAAAUCGUUGGCUAUUCUUGGACUUUCACGUCUCCCGAAAGGGAAAAAACGGUUUUAUUGUUGAAGUUAACAUCAUAAAAACAUCGUAAAGGAAAAUAACAAAAUCUAAUAAAGGAAGGGCACCGAAAACGCGAGGGACUCAAAAGGCUAGAAGAAAUGUUUACGACUCUCGUUCUUCUACUUCUGGUUGGAGUUAUCAACUGUCAAGAGCCGAGAAGGGAUGCUGAUUAUCCUCCGCCGGAGUUUCUGGAGAAGAUGAAACCCAUGCAUGAUGAAUGCGUUACAGAAACUGGUGCUUCUGAAGAUGCGAUUAAACGUUUCAGCGACCAAGAAAUACAUGAGGAUGAUGCUUUGAAGUGCUAUAUGAAUUGCUUAUUUCACAAGGCCGGUGUUGUUGAUGAUAAAGGAGAGUUCCAUUAUGUGAAAAUUCAGGAUUUCCUACCAGAGUCAAUGCAUCUUAUCACGCUCAACUGGUUCAAAAGAUGUCUCUAUCCCCAAGGUGACAACUUAUGUGAGAAAGCUUUCUGGCUGAACAAAUGCUGGAAAACCAAGGACCCAGUGCAUUACUUUUUACCGUAAAUCUAGAAAUAGCCACAUAAUCAAGAAGAACAAUACAUGAAUUUAAGUUUUACAGUAUUCGUUUUAUCACUUGAUUAUACGACUAUAUUUAUAGAUGUUAAAAAUAAAUUGUUA